AUGGAACUUCGGCAAGGAAUAUCGAUGUUGCUUUUAACAAUUAAGCUGCUGGCACUGGUUAUUUUUCUGGGUUAUUUGACUAUAUGGAUUAUGAUGCCUACAAAUACUUUUUACUUACACUGGAUGCCUAAUAUCCAUUCCAAGGUCGACUCCACCUUCAUUGGAGAAGAAGGAUCAAACAUACUUAUAUACACAUUUCCAAUCUUAUUUAUUUCCAUCUUGGGGGGAUUAUACCUACACCUUGGACAGAAAUAUGGCCUUCAUAGGGAAAUCUGUUUGCCGAGUAAUCCUGUUUCUUCCUUCUUGAAACGACCUGCAUUAGUGAGAGGGCCUCUGGGCAUAGUGUCUUGGACCGAGUUGUCCUUUUUUGUUAUGUUUGUUGUGCUCUUGGUGUGGUCUUUCUUUGCAUACUUAUAUGGUUUGUUUAUAGGCAUCACUCCACAAUCUGCAACAAAGAUGGGAGAGACUGUGUGGGAAGAUAAGUUAGAGACUGCAGCCCUCUUGCUCGGUCUUGUUGGUAAUAUUUGCCUGGGAUUUCUAUUCUUCCCAGUGACGAGAGGAUCUUCAAUAUUGCGGUUAAUAGGCCUAACAUCCGAUGCCAGCAUCAAGUAUCAUAUUUGGGUUGGACAUAUAGUUAUGAGCCUAUUUACUGCACAUGGAUUCUGCUUUGUAAUCUUUUGGGCAAACACAAAUCGCAUCUCUGAGAUGCUCAAAUGGGAAGGAGUAAGAGUUUCAAACCUAGCAGGAGAAAUAGCUUUAAUUGCAGGGCUAGCCAUGUGGAUCACAAGCUUCACCAGCAUAAGGCGAAAGAUUUUCGAGCUCUUCUAUUAUACUCAUCACCUAUAUGUCAUAUUCAUCAUAUUCUAUGUGUUCCAUAUCGGUUUCUCCCACUUCGGCAUCACACUCCCUGGCUUUUACCUCUUCUUGGUCGAUAGGUAUUUACGCUUUUUACAAUCUCAGCAAAAAGUAUGCUUGGUAUCUGCACGUGUCUUACCUUGUGAAGUCGUGGAAUUGAGUUUCGCCAAAAAUCCAGGGUUGAGGUACAAUCCAACAAGCAACAUAUUUAUCAAUGUGCCCAGCAUCUCCAGGCUUCAAUGGCAUCCAUUUACUGUUACCUCAAAUAGUAAUAUGGAUCCUGAAAUUCUAAGUAUCGUCGUUAAAAGCGAAGGAUGCUGGACUCAACAGAUUUACCAAACCAUAUCAAAGUCUUCUCAAAUGGAGAGGAUUGAGGUGUCAACAGAAGGACCUUAUGGACCUGCUUCAACUCAAUAUUCAAGUUAUGACAAACUUGUUUUGAUAAGUGGAGGAAGCGGCAUUACUCCUUUUAUAUCAGUUAUUCGUGAACUACUCUUUAAAGCUGGUACCACAAGAAGAGACAAGAACUCGGAUGUUCACCUCAUUGCUGUUUUCAAGACGUCAGUGGAAUUAACCAUGCUAGACCUCCUCCUCCCAGUUUCUGGCAACAAAUAUGACAUUUCAGGCCUAAAUUUGUCCAUUGAAGCAUAUGUAACAAGAGAUAAAGAGCAUUGUACAGAUGACAGGAGGCUCUGCAAAACCACAUGGUUCAAACCUAGCGACAAAGACGUACCAAUUUCUGGAAUUUUGGGAUCAGGGAACUGGCUUUGGCUUACAGCCAUAAUUUCAUCCUCAUUUAUCAUCUUCCUGCUUAUGAUCGGGAUAAUCACACAGUUCUAUGUAUACCAUAUUGACCACAAUACCGAUAUGAGAUAUCCAUAUUCUGCCAAAUCAGCUCUGAAUAUAUUAGUCAUAUGCUUUUGCAUAGCAAUACCUGCAACUGUAGCUUUUCUUUUGAACAAGAGACAAAAGGCCAAGGAAGUUAAUCAAAUCCAAAAUAUGGAUAUGCCGACACCAAAUACCUCACCAGGGUGGUGCAACAAUGGCAAUAUAGAGCUGGAAAGCCUUCCCUAUCAAUCUCUUGCUCAAACUAUUAAAGUGCACUAUGGAGAAAGACCUAAAUUUCAAAAAUUGCUACCUCAACUGUUUGUGGGAUGCGAAGGAUGCAGCACAGCUGUCCUUGUUAGUGGCCCAAAAAGAAUGAGGCAAGAUGUAGCAGAAACUUGUUCAUCCAGAUCAUCAGCAGAUAAUUUACAUUUUGAAUCAAUCAGCUUUACAUGGUGA